AUGUCUGGAUAACGUCAAGGGCUUUCUUAUGGCUCCUUUAAUGUAGCCGCCCCCCACCCUACCCUUUUUGAAUUGCAGCGUUAAAGCGCGCGCACACACGCACAGUCUCCUUCCCGCAGUGCACGGGGACGGAGGCUCCAAGCCGCACGGACGCCGCCAAGCAUGUGAUUGUUUUGUUGCUGGGAUGGGACCAUGUGAAGAAUUCCACAUGGAUGCUUGGAUCACAGCCUGUGAGACCCCCCCCGCCACCACCACCACGUCACCCCCAGAGGCAGCGGUGUUGGAGAGCAGCAAUGGUCAAGUCAGUGAGAACCGCAGUGGAGCCGCACUGAGGCAAAUUCAGCCAACCAGCCCCUCGUGUCCUGGGGGUCAGGGGGGGUUCCCAGCACCUUAAGGGGCACAGGAAGCCGAGGAGGUCCAAAUCUUUCCCCCCCCGAAGCACAGACCAACCCACAUCCCCGCCGCAAGAUGACGGUGGUAUCAGGAGACAACGUGGACGAGACUUCGGCCGUGCCCGGCCACCCCCAGGACGCCUACCCACCCCCGGACCACAACGACCACGAGUGCUGCGAGAGGGUGGUCAUCAACAUAGCCGGCCUCAGGUUCGAAACCCAGCUGAAGACGCUAUCACAGUUUCCCGAGACGCUGCUGGGCAACCCCAAAAAGCGCAUGCGCUACUUCGACCCCCUGCGAAACGAGUACUUCUUCGACAGGAACAGGCCCAGCUUCGACGCCAUCCUCUACUACUACCAGUCCGGGGGGCGGUUGCGGAGACCAGUCAACGUCCCCUUGGAUAUGUUCUCGGAAGAGAUCAAGUUCUACGAGCUGGGGGUGGAGGCCAUGGAAAGGUUCAGAGAAGACGAGGGCUUCAUUAGGGAGGAAGAGCGCCCCCUGCCAGAGAGGGAGUUCCAGCGUCAGAUCUGGCUCCUCUUUGAGCACCCGGAGAGCUCGGGCACCGCCAGGGGGAUCGCAAUUGUGUCAGUGAUGGUCAUCCUGAUUUCCAUUGUCAUAUUUUGUUUGGAGACUCUACCGCAGCUGAAAGACGACCCCAUGGGCCACAUAGAGACCGUGGGCAACUCCACCAUCUACUACAAACCCAACAUCCUCACGGACCCCUUCUUCAUCAUCGAGACCCUCUGCAUCAUCUGGUUCUCCUUUGAGUUGAUCGUGCGCUUCCUGGCGUGCCCCAGCAAACCGGCCUUCUUCAAGAACAUGAUGAACACUAUUGACAUUGUGGCCAUCAUCCCCUACUUCAUCACGCUGGGCACCGAGCUGGCCGAAGACUCAGACACCGAGGGGGUCGGGGAGCAGGCGACGUCUCUGGCCAUUCUCAGGGUGAUCCGUCUGGUCAGGGUGUUCCGGAUCUUCAAGCUGUCCCGACACUCCAAAGGACUGCAGAUCUUGGGGCAGACCCUCAAGGCCAGCAUGCGAGAGCUGGGACUGCUCAUCUUCUUCCUCUUCAUCGGGGUCAUCUUGUUUUCCAGCGCUGUCUACUUUGCCGAGGCCGAGGAGCAGGAUUCCCAGUUUGGCAGUAUCCCGGACGCCUUCUGGUGGGCGGUGGUAUCCAUGACCACCGUGGGCUAUGGGGACAUGGUGCCGGUCACCAUCGGGGGCAAGAUCGUGGGGUCUCUGUGCGCCAUCGCCGGCGUUUUGACCAUUGCCCUCCCCGUUCCCGUCAUCGUGUCUAACUUCAACUACUUCUACCACCGAGAGACGGAGGGCGAGGAGCAGGCGCAACUUCUCAACGUCAGCAACCCCAACAUCCCGUCCGACACCAACUCCAGCCGCCGCAGUUCAUCUGUCGUCAGCAAGUCUGAGUACAUGGAGAUCGACGGCGACCUCAACAACAGCAUCGAUAACUUUAGGGAGGCCAACCUGAGAACUGGCAACUGCACUAUAGCCAACCAGAACUGUGUGAACAAGAGCAAGUUGCUCACCGAUGUUUAGGCAGCGGGACUGGGGAAAGCACCACCGGUUAGCUUGGUUAAGGGUGCGUUCACACUUCUCACGUGUGGUUCGGUUAAAAUGAACUCUGGUGCAUUCACGCUUUCUAGUGCGGUUCGUUUGGCCAAAAGCGAACCCAGUCAUCAGAAGCAAACAAGUUGACCGCUUGCAAGUGAACGCUGGUGUGGUUCGGUUCACUGUGAACGCGACACGGACCAAAGACACGGACCAGCAUGCAGAAAUGACAGACAUGUCAAAGCAAAUGUCUGUGUGACGACGGCGCUGCUAAAAGUAUAUUUGAUGAGUUUCCAUGAAAUCUAUGUGAAUAUGAAAAUAAUAUUCAACCCGGCAGAUGAUGAUUUGGUUGCAUAAUAUGUCAGGAGAGCUGCCCAAUCCCGUCUUUACUUUAUAGCUUAUUUCCUUUGCUGCACAGCCUUUGGUCACAUGAGAAAAAUACCAGUGACGCCAAAGUGCACACCACGUUUCUUUUUUUUUAAUGUUUGGUCCGGACCUGCCCUGUGAUUGGCUGGUGACCAGUCCAGGGUGUACCCCGCCUCUCGCCUACAGUCGGCUGGGAUCGGGGCUCCAGCAUACCCGCCGCCCUAGUGAGGACAAGCGGUACAGAAAAUGCAUCGAUGGGUUUGGUCGGGCCCAGAGUACCGAACCACAAGUGUGAACGCAGCCUCAGGCUUUGGUGAGGCCUCGUCUCCAUAGAAGCUGUUAAGAGUAGUUAGAUAGGCUAAUGAAUUCUUCUAACCCUGCAAGUACGUAACCCCCCCCCCCAAAAAGCAUACUGAUAACCUCAUGUAUUACACAAGUAGGUGUUAGGAUGCAAAGCACACUCUUGUCUUAUCAGGCAAUAUCAUGCAUGGACAACAAAGCUUCUGCAGCCAUGCGGCUUGAAAAAGACGAAGCUCCCACCCAUCGCCCACUUCCUCCCCUUUCUCCCCCCUCUGUCGGAAGGAUCUAAAAAGCACCUUAUAGGAGGAAGACCCAUCUGGAUGUAAACGAUUGCCCUCCCCCCUCCCCGGACAUCCGCAGUGGAGUCGUGCAGAUCACCAAGUGAUCCCGUGGGCCGCGACCACAGGCUCAUGAUGACUUGACUUUCCGUUCCGACGCAUGCAACGACACGCACGGCACUUGCCCAUCGCGGGUCGCUGGGACAGCCCACGUUUUCACACAUAUAGAUGAGGGUUUGAUUUGACAUAUUUAGAUGAUUGAAUGUUCACUCCGACUGGGACGCGUCAUACAUGAGAUCAUAGCAUGAUGAACAAAAGUAACCUGCAUUAUGGUCUACGGACACGAGGUACUCUUUGUAUCCUGGCUUAUUUAUUAAUGCAUGACAAUGAGUAAGCAAGCUUGUUGCAACUCAGGCACUCUGCAGUGUCCUUUUGGUCCUCGGUCAGGGAAAACUAGAGGAAUCCAAUCCUUGCAUUGCAUUCAGAUAUAUCCAAACCCAGAAUUUAACAAGUACUUAACGAGACUAAAUAACAUUUAAUCAUAAGUAAGUUACAAUAGCGCAGUGCAUGAGACAGUUAGCCGUGCUUCCUUUUCCACAAACGGGACUUGUUGUGAUGAUUGGGACGGAUAUGAGUUGCUAGUGCCUUUAUUCCACUCACCACCAGGACCAGUGGAAGUGCCUCUCAAGUCGUAAAAAGGGAUGUGCGAAGUCGUACAGAGCGGGUUGAGACGUUAGUAAUACGUAUUAAUAAUACUAUGAGCCACGAGUGGGUGAAAAAAAAACAAACAAAAAAAAACCCAUCCCGGCUCUCACGCACAAGCUGGUUUUCAUGCCCUCGCCGCUUAAUGAAGCAGCAGCAACGUAAUGUACUUUCCACGUUUACCAAUCCAAAUCAAAAGGGAAUAUUUACAGCUUUUGGCCAUCAUUUAUUCAUGCCUGGCUUUUUUUGUGUGUGCAUCCUUUUCAGGGUCUCUACCUCAGUGAGGUCAUUGCAAAGCUGCUGCAGAGGCGCAUGCAAGCUUCAAUGCAGGGCUUCCUUCCAACGCCGUCGCGCUAAACCGAGCCAUAACGCUCAAAAACUGCAGUGGUGCAAUAUUGAAUGUGAGCGUCCCAAAGCAGCACCGCCUUUACACGAGCACUUAAGGAGAGAGAGAGAGAGAGAGAGAGAGAGAGAGAGAGAGAGAGAGAGAGAGAGAGAAAGAAAGUGUAUCACCAUCACGCUCCAUCUCUUUCUUUUUCUUUUUUUUGGUUCCACUGAUGAAGCUUCGCACAAUCAGAAUGUUGAUUUGUAGAAAGAUUGUUUGAACUCUCCUUCCUGAGGGACUCUUUUAAAUACGCAGCUUUCUUUAACACAACACACACGCACGCACACGCGUGACAUCACUCACUGCAGCGCUCGGGCAUUAUGGUGAACACAACAGUGCACAAUUUGCACAGCUAUUCAAUUAUUCUGCUUGCUUUAUGUAGUAAGAAUUGUUUAUGUAACUUUCAUUUUCAGUAUUUUAUUAUUGCGCUUUCAUUUUUAUAUCGUCACUUUUUAUGUUUUAAAUCACUAUUUUUUUAAUCAUUGAUUAUUUAUGAUUUAUUUGAUAUUAUUUUACCUUCUAAGUGUUGCAGACAGGGUCACUGUAGCUGGUCUGGAACUUUAACAAAUGAAUUCAAUAAAUUAUUUGAAAGGACAUCUUUUUAUUGAAUGUAUUCAAUAUGAAGUUAUCUUUUUUUGUUAAAUGCCAAUACAUUGUGGAUUUUUUAAAACAAAUAUAAAUAUCACAGUUUAAGGUGGAACAUGUGGCAUUGGAAACCAAUUCUUAGGAAAUAUAUAUUUAUUCAUAAAUGUAUUAUUUUAUUAUUUCCAAUCAUUGAUUUUUUGGGGGGAAGUUUUUACAUUUGUCUACUUUUUAUUUAUUUAUUUUUAUUUUGCAGAUAAGCUCAUUGCAGGUUGGUCAAAAACGUGAUAAUGAACAGAAAUGUAAUCUAAUGAAUUCUAAUAUAUUCAUAUGUUUAUUUAUGCUAUCAUUAUAUUAUUUCAAUCAUAUUUUUCUUUCAGAUUUUAUUUGUAUUGGAAUUGUUCCAGAUAUGGGAUUGAAGAUGCAUUUAGACUUACUUUUCCUUUUAUGUUCAUUCAUUGAGGUCUUUACAUUUAAUUCAUAUUUUAUCGGUUUAAAAGUAUCUUAUUUGUAACUGGUUCCACAUUGGCUUCCUGCAUCCAGGCUAGGAAAUGUCCCAUUUAUCAGAAAUGUUUGAAUUAUAUAUAUCUAGAAAUAAAAUAGAAAGAAAUAAUAUCAAUAUUAUAUAGCUAUAAUUAAAACAUGUGACAUAUAUACUGAUGUAUUUCUAUUUAUUUAGUAUUUUUGAGGUUUUUAAUUUGAGUAUGGAAGCGUUCUAGACAGGUUGUCUGCGGCGUGGCUGGAACACAAUGACAUCCAUGUGAAGUCAUUAUUUGGCUGAAGAGAAUAAUAAUGAAGACAAACAUUCUGUGCAAAGUAGCCCUGCGCUGUCCCAACAAGGUCUUAACAUAAAAAGGAAGGAGUUUGACUGCAGUGUUAUUUGAAUGUCAGAGUCUUGCUGCAGUGGCCGCCCUUCACGGUGCUCUUGGGCAGCAUGACUUUUGUUAUUAUUAGCUUCCUUCUUUCUGCUCUCGUUUGCUCUCGUUUGUUUUGAUCCAUUGUUUUGAUCCGCUGAAGAGACUCAAUGACGAGGUCCACGUCGCACAGCUGCGAACUAGCGAUGAUGUCAUUCUAUCAUGUUUGCCUCGGACGUGAGCUGCUCUGGCUUGGCAUUGCUGCUGCUGCUGUUUGAACGGUGCUACGCAUUCCAUACCCACAAACAUGACAAACUCUGAACAGCAAUACAACAACACAAAGAUUAUUUUCCGUCUUUAUCCUCUUACGUGAUUACUGGUGGCGGCGGCGCCGCGGGGUCAAAGGCUGUCCUCAUGCUUCACCACGUCAAGCUCCGACAUGUUCUCGUAGAUUUACGGCCCGCCGUGCACUUCUGGCAAGGACCGAGGCCUGCUGAAGCGGCCUAUUUAUUCAAGAAAGUAAGGCAAAGUAACACAAGUAUCUAUGACUGCAACCAAAUGUAACAAGUAUACUAAAAUGUGCUUUUCUUCACCUUGUUCAGUUGAUGACGCUCAAGAUGUGAUGAAUGAAAAAGACGUAGAUUGUUGCUCAUUCGGGUCAUGGUAGUCCGAAAAGGUUGGACGGAGGCAACUGGACUUCUUGUUUGUUGAAGAGCUUUCACCUUUCACCCAGGACGCUUUUAUGUGUCAAGUGUGGUGGGGGCGCCCCCCGGGGGUGCUUGUUCGCCUGCCUGGUGGCUAAACAACUCAUUAGUGGCCACGCUCCCCGUGGAAUGAGACAAUCGUUGGGGGACGAUCGAUGACGGCGCACACCUUUGUUUAGGGAGGGCCUUCCUAGUUUCUUAGCGUAGUCCAUCGUCCAUCGUGUCCGAUGAUGACUUCUACUCCUUCUACUGCUGAGUUUUGAGCUGACUGAAAGUCCAGUACGAGAGAUGCAGGGUCUAUUGCAGUGGGGGUGUAUGAAGUUAGUGUUUGUUGUGGUCUCGGCUCCAGGGACCAUCUUCCUCCUGUGGCGUUUCCUUUCCCCUGCCUCGUUCCUCCCCUAAAGUCUCCUGUGUGUGCUGUAUCCCACACCUGGAGUGUUAUCUUCAGCUGGUCCUGCAGAUGGCUGGCCGUGAUGUGGUGGACCGUACAGCAGUUGUCGUGGAGGUCUGUCAUCUGCCAUUCUGACAGUGUGGCGGCCUGUGUUUGUUGGUCCUGAAGAAAGGUGGCCUCCGUGCUCUCGGUACCACCUCUAUCCAGGACUUCUGUGUGUGGCACACGAUCACGCCACGUUAGACCAAGGAGACCCUUGAUGUGAAAGUUCUCCAGCUUCACAGCCGUAGAGUAGUGUGGCGACACAGAUGUCUUGGUAGACUGCUACCUCGGUGUGUAUGCUGAGGGCUUUGGAGGAGCCUGAGGCAGAUCUAAUUCGAUUUUCAACAUCAUCGCCUGGGAGUACUGCUUGGGGCUUGCCAUUGAUUUGUUAAAGACAGGUGAUGGUGGUCCAGUUGGAGGAGGGCAGUUCCACAGUGAGGCCUUCACAGCAGCUGUUAACGCUGCCUGCAGAGCCUCCAAUGACUGUGCCACAAUCUGCAUACUGUACUCCACUAUGCUCAGUUUUGACCUGAGUGGCUGCCUGGAGCAUUCGGAUGUUAAAUAGGUUCCCAUCUGACCUGUAAUCCACCAACACGCCCACCAGGAUAUAAACAGGGAGACUCCACGUGUAAAAUGUUCAAACUGAAGAAGCUGAUUGGACAAAUGGUGAAACAACAGUUGCCUCCAUUCAACCCUUGCAAAGGGAUACUUUAUUUCUUUUGUAAAAAUGAUUUUCUGCAUAUUUCCAGCCGCUGAAGCUGCUGUAGUUUAUCUGUACGGAGGAACACGCUGCAUGGUCGACAGAAGACUGCAUGAGCUUUGCCUUUCGAGACUGCACAUCCAUUUCGAGACAUGGUUUUUGAGUUUGUGGUUUUAGUUUUUGAAAGAAACCCCUUGCUCCUUUGUGCCCCCUGCUGGAGUCGUGACCUGAUCACAGGGUUUUGCUGGCCUCCAGGCCGAGGAACACGAACGAGGACGUUUAAGGGCUAGUUCCUCAAACUGAACUCCCUCCAAGCUGUGCCCUGCUUUGUUCUUGACUGUUGGGUUUCUCUCACUUUCUGUCCAGCAGAAGCCGGGCUACUUUGGAGCAGAAAACAAACAAACAACAACAAAAAAAAGAACUUUGGAACUCUUCUUUUCAUCUUUCAAGCAAAGCGAUUGUAUCAAAGCGCCAUCGUCAUGUUUCCCGAGGAUUAUGCUUCAGCGUACGACAACAAAAAGGCAUGGUCUGUGAUCUAUGCAAGGGUACUCAUUCCUUUCUUUCUUUUUUAAUUCCAUCACUGAUAACUUCAUCUUCUAUUUACUCCAAUAAAUUUUCAAGGAUCGGAUGGUGUCUCAUUGUUUCUGAGGCGACGGAAGGAACGUGAAAGGAACCACAGAAGCAGUCCGAGGUUGGAAGCUUACCAGAAAAAAAAAAGCUGGAAUGUUAUGAGAAAAAGCAACCGUAAUGUUACGUGGCUAAAGUCCUAAAGUUCUGAGAAACAAGCUAUUAAUGUUACAAAGAACAAGUUGCAAUGGGAUGAGAGAGAGGUUGUAAGGUUGGCAGAGAAAGGUCACAUUUGAAUGCUGGUACCAGAAAGGCAAAAACAACAAAAUGUAAUCUGAAACCAAGAAAGGUUGGAAUUGGGGAUGCCCAGUACAUGUUUUCCCUAAGCCGAUAACAUCCUGCUUCUCAAAACCAAGAACCUUUUAUAUCUGUUAGUUUUUAAAUGUACCUUUAAUUUAACUCCAGUAUGUGCACACCAGAGAUGUUCACAGGUAGUUUUUUUGCAAGUCUCAAGUCUUUGGUCACAAGUCCAAGUCAAAGCCAUAAAAAAUAAAUGUCUCAUGUCUCUGCUUUGCCAGAGUGUCAUCUGAGGUACGAAUGUGUGGGGCUGCGAGCCGUGCACCCGACGUGUAAUGUGGUUACUGUGGUUACCAUGUAAAAAAAAAAAGUCAAUGACAUUAAAGGGAUAGUUCACAUUUUUUGACAAGAGGUUGUAUGACAUCCCCAUCAGCAGUGUAGUACAUCAACAGUGACUUACACCCCAAUUGGUCCUGUGAAUCCAGUUCUGGUCCACAAUCCUUAUGUGAAACAUGAACACAUCCACAUUGGACGUGUCCUUGCUGUUUCUAUGCUGCUGGUGUUGACGGAAGUAGCUUUAGCUAUAUAGGCUAUGUCAAAUCAAUGCGUCCUGUAGGUACCUCCCAUGACGUGCAUUGUUAGCUGGCUCAUGCUAGGUCAUUUUCUCUCCUUAGAACGCGCUGGAAAGGGAAAGAAAUGUGUUCAUGUUUCACAUAAGGAUUGUGGAUGAUGGAUGUUGUUUUCCUUUAAGCGCCACGGCCAUCUUGUUUACGUGUGUGUUCCACAGCGGAAGAAGAUGUGAGCAUCUUCAUCGCAUGCACAAGAAUGGACAGGCGACAGUGCGCAGGGACACGGCGGGAGACAAAUAGAACGCCGAGCGUUUUGUGACGUCGAGGAGGCAUUUUUGUGAUGCAAAUGUCCUACUCUUUUGAACACAUAUUGUUUUGAGAAGGCAAACACUUUACUUAAAUGACCCAGCAACGAAGCGGAACUACUUUCUCGUCCCGGAUGUCAAACCAGAACCGG